AUCCCUCUGAGGACAUACUAGAACCCUCCCCAGGUGCUAUGAGGAUCCCUGGACCUCAGUCUGGGAACGAGAGCUUAGUCUGCAUGAGUUCCUCCGACAAAGUUAAAGUUUAAGUGAUUUUAAUGAUAUUCUGUACACAGCGCGCCGGGUAGUUAUAUCAUCAGUGGACAGAGAGGAGAAGGACUUAUGUCAACAUAACUGCCAGUGCUAAUCUUCACUGCAGGCUAUAGUGUCUGAUAUCAACAGGCCCUCGAGACACGUACCGCUCACGCCGCGCGCUAACCACGGGGGAGUGAUGGUGCUCCCGAGCAGCCGGAGGAGCGGAAUUACAAUUUCUCAGCUGCCAGUCAAACACACAGAGGCUCCACAGAGAGGAGGAGACGGGGAGGACGCCUCCGUUCAUCCAUCCAUUCAUCAAUCCGCUCAGUAAUCGCUCUCCGCCGCCUGGACCUCCCGCAUGCCCCUACCAGCCUGCGCGGAGGCGCGAGACUACACCACGAGCUUUCGGUCGGUCGGCGGCGGCGGCAGUGAGCAACGGUCGCACGCGCAUGCCGGUGAGAGGGGGGCAGCUGGGAAGGACGUUCAGCGUGGAGAGAAAAAAGAGCCCGUCUGUCAGUGUUAUUCCCCGGUGUGGAUGUAGAGACAGAAGGGGAGAGAGAGAGGACCACCGCCGCCGCUAAACUCUCCUUUUCAGCCUCUGACUGAGCGCAUUUUACUGAGGGUCCUCCCCGGUUGCUGAUCUGAAAAUCUGCCCCUCAUCUCCAGCCGGAGUGGACGGCUGCCCCCCUCAGUGAGGAGCACCAUGACCCAGGAGGGGCAGGCUCUGCCCUCUCCCACCCCACCAGAGAACCCAGUGGAGCCAAAUACAACCACCACAGCCACCACUGACCUGCCCAGUGAGACCCACGACCAGGUGGAGCAGGAUAAGUUGGGGGCCGGGGCGACGGAUGAGACAGAAGAGGGGAAACAACAAGAAGAGAUCAGAAAGGCAGACGAGGAAGGCACAGGGGGAGACACAUGGGGAGGGAGAGGGGACGGCAGAGGUAAAAGAUACGAAAGGAGAGAGUGAGUUCAAAGAGGAGAAGGUAGAUGGCAGUGGAGAUGGAGAACAGACAGAUGGAGGGGCGGAGGGAGGGGUGGAAGGCACAAGAGGGGAAAGAUGUAUAAAUGUGGAGGUAAGCUCAAUGGGGGAGGAGGCAACACAUGAGGUAGAGGAGAUGAAAAAGGAAGAGGAGGGGAAGGAAAAUGAAGAAAUGCAACCGUCUACAGAGGAGGCAACUCACCCUCAACAAGCUGGGCGACUGGCAAAUGGUAUAGGUGGGAAUGAAGAUGAGGAUGAAGCUGGCGAGGAGGACGAGGGAGGAGACGGAGGGACCACUCAUACGCACUUGGACGCUUUCAGCUCUAACUUUGAGACGACUGUAGAACAGGCCGACACAGAAGUGGAGGAAGAAGAGGAAGAGGUCCAGAAAGAGGGAGAUGGAAGAGAAAACCAGGACAGUUUCAGCUCAGCAUUCGAGCAGAUUGUUGAGCAGGUGGAUGUUCAGGAAGAAGAGGAGGAGGAAGAGGAGAGGGAGUUGGAGGAGGAGAGGGAGAAAGGUAGGGUGGACAACAAAGACGGCUUCAGCUCCACUUUCGAGCGCAUCGUAGAGUCUGCCUUGCUGAGGGGCGGGACCUGCUACAGCAGCCUGGACUCUCUGGAUGUGCUGUCGCUCACAGAUGAGACGGACAGCUGUGUCAGCUUCGAGGCACCACUGACGCCGCUCAUCCAACAGAGGGCGCUGUUACAGGGUCCUGAGCCUCUGGAGCUGGAGCUGGCAACUGUUCAAGAGCAAGAAGGGGCUGAGGCUGGACCAGAUGCCCCAGGUGGUGAUCUGAAAGCUGGGGACUGUGCUGUCCGUGGAGCCGGAGCUGUGGCUGGAGCAGGAGGAAGCCCGCUGAGGACCACCAUACCAGGGAGCAGGUCAGAGUUUGUGCUGAGCCAGCCUGGACGCUGGGCCAUCCCUAAUGGAUACCAUGCAGACUUGCAGGGAGCCAUGGAGGGCUGUGGAGCCAUGAUCAACUCUGUCAGCGAUGCCAACCUCACAGACGUGCUGUCUGACUCAGAAGAGUGUGAUUUGGGCAGUCUGGAGCGUUUGGAGCGCGGCAGCACUGACACUCUGGCCAAUGGCUGCAGAGCCGACUGUGAAGCCGCCAAGAGGCUGGCCAAGCGCCUCUAUCACCUCGAGGGCUUCAAACGCUGUGAUGUGGCCAGACACCUGGGCAAGAAUAAUGAGUUCAGCCAGUUGGUGGCAUCAGAGUACCUGAGUUUCUUUGAUUUCUCCGGCCUGUCGCUGGAUCGAGCCCUGAGGAACUUCUUGAAGGCUUUUCCACUGAUGGGAGAGACCCAGGAGAGAGAGAGGGUGCUGGUGCAUUUCUCCAGACGCUUCUGCCACUGCAACCCACAGACACCCACCUCUGAAGGUCAGAGCCAUGAGGGUGAUGAGGGUCAUGAUAAAGAUGAUGGAGCCCACACAUUAACCUGUGCUCUCAUGCUGCUUAACACCGAUCUACACGGACAUAACAUUGGGAAGAAGAUGUCUUGCCAACAGUUCAUCAGUAAUCUAGAUGGCCUCAACAAUGGAAAAGACUUUCCCAAAGACUUAUUAAAGGUCUUGUAUAACUCAAUCAAGAAUGAGAAGCUGGAGUGGGCAGUUGAGGAGGAGGAGCUGAGGAAGAGUCUGUCAGAGCUGGUGGAGGAGCAGUGUGAGGGCGGGAGUAAACGUGUUGCCAGGGUAACCGAUGGCAGUAACCCUUUCAUCGCAAUUCCUAUUCUCUUAAAUGCUGUCACCUAUAAACAUGGGGUGCUGACCCGCAAGAGCCACGCUGACAUGGAUGGAAAACGCACCCCAAGGGGUCGACGUGGUUGGAAGAAGUUCUAUGCGGUUCUGAAGGGGAUGAUCUUGUAUCUCCAGAAGGAUGAGUACAAACCUGACGCUGACAUUUCAGAGGUGGACCUGAAGAACGCAGUGCGGAUACAUCACGCUUUAGCCACUCGUGCCACCGACUACAGCAAGAGAGCCAACGUACUGAAGCUGAAAACCUCAGACUGGAGAGUGUAUCUGCUGCAGGCCCCGAGUGAGGAGGAAAUGAUGUCUUGGAUCUUCCGGAUAAACCUGGUGGCGGCGCUGUUCUCAGCUCCAGCCUUCCCUGCUGCCAUCGGCUCCAUGAAGAAAUUCUGUCGGCCCAUCCUGCCGUCCUCAUCCACUAGACUCAACCAGGAGGAGCAGCUGCUGAGUCACGAGAGCAAGCUGAAGCAGAUGAGCCUGGAGCUGGAGGAGCAUCGGAAAAACCCGCCCUCAGUUGACCCCAAAAGCCGCGAGUGGGAGGAGUACCGGCUCAAAGAGCACUACCUCACGUACGAGAAGACUCGGUAUGAGACGUACAUCAGCCUCCUCCAGGCCAAAAUCCGCGCUGAGACGGAUGACCUUGAGAAGAUCGAGGCGAGCGUGAUGGGUGGCCUGAUCAUGGAGGGUGGUCUGGCUGGCCGCGAGUGCCACCUCCGCAAGACGCAGUCCUCCCCGUCCAUCAGCCAGGUUCACGGCGGGCUGAACGGGAGGGCCGCUGAACGCACUGCCCCGGGACAGAGGAGCUGAGGGGGAGGGAGGAGGACCAGAGACCACAGCCCACAAAGCAACAUCCCUCCAAGCCAAACUAGCUUAAUCCUCCAACUCCUUACUGGGUUUUUUGUUAGUGUUUUGUGUUUUGGGCUCAUCCUUCGUCCUGUUGUGCUUACAGUAAGAGAGUGGGCAGCAGCAGGAGAAAUGUCCGUCACUAUCCUUCCCAGAAUUUAUCAACCCUGGUGAUAAGUUUCUGUCCUUGAGCAAUAGAUGAAGAAGAUGAAGCGCCCGCCCUUGAAACCCAACAAGUGACCCUGCCAAACCUCAGUUCUUUGAACUUUUAUUAUUGCACAUUAAAAUGAUCAUAACUGUGAUCACUAUUUAUAACAACAUCAUCAGUAUUAUUUUGAAAACUCAGAGCGAUGCAGUCGUCUUUAGUUGAAACGUGUUUUUAGUUACGAGCAGAAGUUUGAGUAAUUUAUAAUGUAUUAGUUUAAGGCCAGAAAGAGAACAAAGAAAGAGACACAGACUGCUUUGCCUCUGUCCUCCCUGACCUGUCCUCGUCACACAGUGACUCAGAUGGACAGGGUGGAGAUGGUACUACUGUAGCAUUUUGGCCUUUUUUUUUUUUUUUCUCCACUCAUGUUAACACACCCAGCCACUCACAGGCGUGUGCAUGGACCUACAGUAUGGGUGGAGUGUGGUGUGUGAAGAUACAACAUAUCUGUCCUGGAGUUACAAAAACUCUCAAAAGAACUUCUCAGAAUGAUCAAGUCCCUGCCAUGUAUAGCAUAUUUAUUUAUUUAUUUAAUUAUCCUUUAUUCGCUCUAGGGAGGGUUUACACAGAGUGGACAUGCUCUUCAGCAACUUCCUUCUUGACAUUCAUAAUAGUUACGUAUAUUCUCAUGCAUUAAGGAGCUGCCAAGUGGAACCGUGGUUUUAACUGUUCACUGAGCUGCUCCACCAGAGGAACUGGAGGUUGAGUGCCUUACUCAAGGGCACCUCAACACUAGCUGUUGAGGGAUUUUGAGAGUGUUACACACUCGCUUGUCAGAGAGAUCACAAGUCUGCUUCUGUGAAUUUUGAGCUGCCGCUACCCCAAAUACUGACAUGUAUUCAAUUAUUCUGUUUGUUUCUAACAACGUUACAAAAAAAAAAGGAUAACAGUAUGUGACUGAAUGAAAGCACUGUGCCAUUUAUCCCACAAACUACUCUUCUCAAGUCAUGACAGAGUGCACUGAGCUGACAGAGCUGAUACGUAACAAUAUAUGGUUGGGUGUGAGGUUUCUGAAGAUUGAAAUGAAGGGCAGAGCAGGAAAGUGUGGGUGGGAGGUUUACAGUAUGAGUGGGUCUGCUGGUAUGUGUGUGUGCAUAUGCAUUUGUGUGUGUGUGCAUGUGUGUCUGUGUGUGCGCACAACGGCAUGCUUUUUAAAGUGGUUCCAGUUGAGAUGUUAAAGCUGUAGGCAACAGGAAGAAGUAAAUAUAGCAGGGUCAUGUCUUUGUAUGAAGAAUUUAUCGAGCAUGUUUGGUGAGAAACAGUCCAGACGCCUUCUGCUGAAUAAGACUGCCAUCACAAUCAGGCUUGUAUCUCUUAAAAGCAUCUGCAGCACAAAGGCAGCCAUCAUCGUUGUGAAAAAAAGCUGAACAUUCACCUCUUAAAACAGAAAAUGAACUGAUCCCUGAUCUCAUUUUCAACAUGUUACAUGGACCUAUUAUAGCUCAUCUGGACUCGUAUUGGGCAUUUACCAGUACUGGUGUAUUCCUUCCACUGCAGUCAUUCCUAUCAGAUGGAGAUGUUUUUGGGAAAGCAGGCCGUGGUCUAUAGACAGAGACUGGCUGAUUGGAAAGUAGCAGCAGGACUGCUCAGGCUUAGCAAACUAAAGUCAAGAAACCUGUCAGCAUACUGGAAAGGAGAGGGUGGAACAGCAGCAAAACAACUCCACCAGCAGAGUAGCCAUCAAAACACCCUCUACAUGGGUGAGGAGGAGGAGAGACUUGUUUUCUAAGAAGAAACUGGUUUAGUUUUCUAAGUAAGACCAUCACUAGCCAGCCAAGAACAGGCAACACGGACAUCCAGCACACAUUUUUCCAAACAGGAACACAAUAUAUUAAGCCUGUUUCUCAUGGAAGGAGGACUUGAGUAAUGUUCUGAGGAAGUGGGGAUGAGGUGGGGUGGUGGUACUGCUAUUUGUGAGCACCUUAAUUGAUCCUUACCCACCCAAACACACACACUCAUGCACACACACAACUUUCCUCUUUCUACAUAGUUUGCUUAUGACACAACUGUAGAUCAGUGAGCUUAGUGCCCCCUCACUCAGCCUCAAUGUGGCACAGAAGCAUGUUGACAUAACCGGAGCUGUGGAUCGACAGUAAGAAUAAUCAUAUCUUUGGCUCUGGACACAACGCUUCUGCUGCUUCCUACGUCAUGUUAAUAGUUAUUCAGGGGAUCUGAGAUCCUUUUGAGACUUGGCUGGAAACCUGGAAUCACAGCUGGAAUCCUGGAACCGGAUCCUUGUACAGACCAAAAUGCUGAAACAGAGCUGAGUUUUGAAAGAGGAAGUACCAUUUUAUACAGCUGUAUUGAUAGGAUAAAACUGCUUUCUUACAGGGAGACUUCCCCUUAUAGUCACUUUGGCUGUUGUGCUAACCAUUGUUUCCCAAUGUUCUAGGGUAGGCCUGUGCUGUAAUAUAGGAUUGUGACAAAAAAAAUAUUUGUUGAUUGUUAUGUUUUAUUUAAAAAAAUGACUUCGGCACUUUGAUGUCAGCAAUGGAUCUUUUCGUUUGUUUUGUUUGUAUAUCUGAACUGUUUUUUUGACAGGAUGCUCAAACUAUGUAAAGGACAUAUUUACUGAAUAUUUAGUCUGUGCUUCAUAAAGUAAGCUUUUAUACA